AUGGCGCCAGCAUACACUCUCGUCGUGCACCUCUAUGCCAAAGACGAUGCAGAAGCCAUCAAGAAGCUCACAGCCAAGCUGCAGGAGGCUUCGCAGGUCUAUAGUAAUGAUAAGGAGUGUUUGAGCUGGUUUGUAAUGCAAAGCGAGUCUGACAAACGUGCUUUUACUAUUGUCGAGCGAUAUGCUGCAGAGAGCAGCCAGCAAUAUCACUUGAACAAUCCGUAUUGGCCAACGUUUGACGACUAUGUCAAGCCGCUGCUCGAUCGUGAGAUGGAUCUUCGUCGCUACAAUGAGCUCGAUACUAGUAAAGAAGUGCGCGUCGAGACCGACUCGAAGAUGUGGGAUGCCGUUAAGAAGCAUCAAGCUUCCUGA